GCUUCCGCUUCCGGCGGCCGCACUGACGGCGGCGGGGCCCGCCCGCGCUGCGCGGCCGUGCUGGGCCGGAGGCGGGGGGCGAUGGGGCCGCCGGCGCUGCCGCGGCUCCUGGUGGGGCCGCUGCUGGUGUUGCUGGUGCUGCUGGAGGCCGCCCGCUGCGGGGAGGCUGCAGCCCCCCGAUCCCGGGACGCCGCCACCGCUUCCCCGCGCCCCACGGAGGCGGCCGGCGGGGCCGCCACGCGGAGCAGCAGCAGCAGCAGCAGCCGCCUGGCCGAGGUGUCGGCGCCGCCUGAGCAGGGCCAGCCCAUGACCCAGCGCGCCCUGUCCGUGCUGGUGCUGGCCAGCGCCGCCCUCAUCGUCUACUUCGUGAUCCGGACCGUGCGGCUCAGAAGGCAAAACAGAAAAACCCGAAGAUACGGAGUUUUGGAUACAAACAUAGAAAACAUGGAGUUGACCCCAUUAGAACAAGAUGAUGAUGAUGAUGAUACAACACUAUUUGAUGCCAGCCAUCCUCGAAGAGAAGUACGUGCCUUUCAGUGAGAGAACUUAAAUCUUAGAACCAGAGAAGGAGACUGCCUCAUGGGAGAAGUAAGAAGCAAGAGAGUAUGCAAGUGGGGGGGGGGACUAAUUUAAUUUGUGUAUUUUAUGGCAUCCUUAAUAUCUUGCAAUAAGUAAUGUAUCAAUUUGUUCUAUCUUUUUGUAUAUAGAGAUUCUCAAUGUAUAGCCUAUGGGGAGAGAGUACUAACUGCACUAAGAUAAAAAACAUACUUGGAAGGGAGAUCACUUGUAAAACAGGGUAUUUUUUGCUUGUUACAAAUCUUGUAUGCCAUUUAAGUGUGGUAUACACUCUUUUUCUACAGUAACCUGGAAUGUUAAUUUUUUCUUCUGAUAUUAAAUUGUAAGUAAAUAUAACCACUGUGGACUUCUCAGAACUGUUAGAACUUGACUUUAAUUGAGGAAAUGAUUUAUUGUUUACCUAUAAAAAGCCAAACUACUGCCUUCUGUGUUGCACAUUUAAAAAACUGAAUUAACAUGUUUUGUGUAAACUUCAGUGAAAAAAUAAAAUGUGUUUACAGUGUUCCUAGCA